GGACAAACAGGGUCAACCUGAGAAGAGUUCAGCAAAUAUUUGUGAGCGGGGAGAGGUGAAUCCCUGCCUUGAGGCCUCAACGCCCAUUUCACCCUCAUCUUCAGUCUCCUCCCAUGCGCGCACAUCAGGCACCAGCUGUUGCUCAAGGCAUGCCUCUGUUGCUGCUCCUGGCUUCCUUGUGCCUGUCUUCCGCUCCCGGAGUCCCUGCCAUCUACCAGAGGCCGAGUGGGACUCAGCCAGCAACUCCUGCUCCCUUGCAGUACUUGCUGGAGCCCACAAACAAGAUAGUGCAGGCCCGGCGGGGAGCCUCGGUCACCCUGCCUUGCAUCCUGUGGGUCGUGCCCCAAAACUACAAGAUCAGAUGGAGCAAGGUGGAGCCAACGGAGUACCUGGAAGUUGCCAUCUUGAUCAGCAAUGGGGUCCAUCACAAAACCUAUGGCCCACUGGGCAGCCGGGCUCACCUGAAACGCAGCCACCGAUAUGAUGCAUCACUGACCAUCUCCAACCUGACCUUGGACGAUGAGGGCCGCUAUCGCUGCCAGCUUGUCAAUGGCCUGGAGGACGAAAGCGUCUCUCUUGUCUUGCAGCUAGAAGGGGUCGUCUUCCCCUACCAAACCAGCCAGGGGCGCUAUCAGUUCAACUACUUCGAGGCCAAGAAGGCUUGCCAACAACAAGAUGCCCGGCUGGCCACCUACCAGCAGCUUUACCAAGCGUGGACAGAAGGGCUGGACUGGUGCAAUGCCGGCUGGGUCAUGGAGGGGAGUGUGCACUACCCCAUCCGCAACUCCCGCAAGCCCUGUGGAGGCCUUCUUCUUCGGCCCGGAGUACGAACCUAUGGCCCCAAGGACAAGCUGAAAGAUCGCUUUGAUGCCUUCUGCUUCACUUCAAGCGUGCAAGGCCGUGUCUAUUUCAUCAGGGGCCACUUUAACUUCAAAGAGGGCACGCAAGCCUGCCGCAACGACGGAGCUACCGUGGCCAAGGUUGGGCAGCUCUAUGCGGCCUGGAGAUUCUCCCAGCUAGACCGUUGCAACGGAGGCUGGCUGGAAGAUGGCAGUGUGCGCUUCCCCAUCACUGCUCCCCGCCCACACUGUGGGGGGCUCCCCGACCCGGGCGUCCGCAGCUUCGGUUUCCCCAGCAAACUCCGGAAGAAGUACGGCGUCUACUGUUUCUCUGUGAAGUAGCAGGGGCAAAGGCCCCAGGCAGAGGCAGCCAAGGCUGAAGGCAACGACCUGACCCAAGGAGGCCAACAGAUGCCGUCCUUCUCUGGUCAAAAUUCAUCUGGACCCCUUGAUGGGGACUUUCCUCCAUCCCUUCCUGGAACCAGAGUUGGUCUUGAUGGUCCAGGCUAUGGUGGCUUUGA